CCAAUCCCAAUGUUCGGUGAAGCGUUCCUUACUCGAAGUAGGGAUAUGCUUGAAGUAGUAGGCAAAAUUUCGAGAGAGUGGAUCUCGAUCUUCAUGUUCACCUUGCGGCGAUCCGAUUAAGAUCAUGCAAUCACUUACGAAAUGAAGAGACUUUGUUUACCAUUGAUCAUUUUGACCACCCUGAUUCCAAAGUCCCACCUUUACGGAUCCAUUCGUGACACUCAGGAUCAAUUAUUUGGCAAGAAACACACGGACAAGAUUCGGAAAUUGGAGUCUGAGGCAAACAACCCAACCAUGGUGCGUGCUUAUUCUCACCUGUUCCGAGCCAUUUUGAGCGAGAAAAGUGUGAGACGGGAAUUGGGCCGUAUUUUUCGAAUGGGCCGCGCUGCCGCCACUCUGAAGAGGACCAACCAACGCUUGUCCGCUCAAAUUAAAGCUCGUAAUAGACUGAAGCUUCCAAUGGAAGAUCACGAGAAUUUACGAGUCAAAGAAAGAGUUCAAGAGAAGCAAUCACCGAAGCACAUUGUGCACAGCAUUGAAAUUGGCAGUGGGGAAUACGUGGUGGAGCCUUCUUCCGAUGAUUUUUGGGACUUGAGUCAGAUCACGCAACCUCAGGAGGAGCUCUUCGACUAAAUGAAACACCUUUAUUGGAAUACGUUUUGCAUUUUGUAUGGUCUAAAAUGUUUUCGUUUAGGAAUAGAACCAAUAUUUGAGCGACUUUA